AUGGCGAACCGCUACUCAAGAGCUGACAAAGGAAAAUGGAAAGAGGAACGUCCUCCUUUCCGUAAACCGCUUGUCAGAAUCCCGGCCUCGGAUAGCUCUGAACUCAUAGAGCGCAACAGAUUCACACUCAUAGGAAGAGUCACCAAUUCCUCAAUCCAAAAGACUAGAGCACUGGUUGACUUCUUUCUUCAACAUUGGAAUGUGGUAGGCAGAAUCACUGGAAGAGAUUUGGGCCCGUCCUUGUUCCAAUUUGGGUUUGAAUCGGAACAGGACCUUCAAGCCAUACUCUCAAAAUCGCCUUUUCAUUUUAAGAAGUGGAUGAUGAUCCUUCAGAGAUGGGAACCGAUAGUAUCGGACUCGUUCCCUGCGACGAUCUCGUUCUGGAUUAAGGUCCAUGGAGUUCCUCUCCAUUACUGGACUGAUGAAACUUUCGACAUCAUAGGAGCAGCCCUAGGCCCUAUUGAACUACGUGACUUUGAGAAGGCAAGAAUGAAAGUUCAGAUCAAUGGGCUAAAACCACUCAUCAUGCGUAUGGACAUCGAACUUCCUUCAAAGAAAGUUGUGGAAGUGGAGUUGGAAUAUGAGAAGCUUGAAAAACAUUGCUUCUUCUGUAAGUCUCUGUCACAUGAAGAUGAAGAUUGCGAGCUUCGCCCUCCAUCUAGACAAGGAAGAGAUCAGAGGAUGUUGGGCAUCUCCCAACACAACACCUUGGAAAGAAUCGAAGAAAGCAAAAGGCGGCAGGAAGGCAGGAGACAAACUCGUCUACAACAAGGAUAA